AUGGGCCCUCACACAGACUUAUUCCUUCUGUCGGAUCUGGUGAGAUUCGAUGCAGUUUUCUAUGUGGCUACGGCGUUUAAAGGAUGUCAUGAGGAUGCGAUCCGCUUCGUUGACACCCCAGCAGAAGGCAUGGUUCCUCAUCGGGUACUCGGAUUGCGCAGCACGAGAGAAAGUCGAGCAGCUCCCUGUGAGAGCUACGACGCCAUAGUCGCCCAUCUCAGGAAGUCGUUCGAAAGACCUCAGCACAGGUACAUGGCGCGGCAAGCUCUGUCUGCUUGUAAGCAACAAACAGCCACUACAGUACAGGAUCCAGCUACCCAGAAGGAGCGCGUCUUGGAGGAGUUUGUCGCACGCCUUCGUCGAGAUAUCAGGUAUUAUGUCAAACUUGAUGGCCCAUCAUCGUUUGAACAGGCCGUUUCAAAGAGGCAGCGCAACGGUGGCUAUUCUCGAGACGCCCAAGGAGGACCUGCUCAACCCUGCUACAACUGUGGAGGUACCGGACGCUUCGCUCGGCAAUGCAUCGCCACGGAACCAGCGCAGCCUACAGCUCGUCGUGAUCAGUCUCACGACCUUUUGGAAGCCCGCGAGCAAAUUCGAGCNCUCUCUGUUUCUCUGCGCGAAAACCAAUCAGCGCUAGAACGAUCGAAAGCGAGAGCACAUGUUCUCAUUAAACGUAACGAAGAAUUAGCUCAAAGUCAAGUUUCUAUUGCCUCUCUCGUAGCACUUUCACUUUGCGGGAGCACUAUGGCUCUCCCGAUGUCCGCGUGGUUCUCCCCGGACACGUUUAUGAGAAUUCCAUCUUCAUACAACUGCUCGUAUAUUAUUCCUCGCCUCGGUGAUACUCCUCGCCCUCUCUCUAUGUAUAUCGCCCAAAUACGAAACGUUACGAAACAUCUGCAUUCCUUUGCAAGAUCAUGA